AUGCCGGAUAGGGUUUCCUUCGAGGGAGAUGUUGAAUUACUACCGACUCCCCGUCACUUCCAAAGUUCCGACCAUCUCAUUCAGAGUACAUCGGGAUAUUCAGAAAGAGAGUCGGAGCAAAAAUCAAGCGACCAGGAACAAUCCAAACUUAAGCGGAAUAUACUCCUUCGAGGCAACGAUCGGUUCAAAGGCUGGAAAUUCACCGUCUUUUUAGCCUUCAUCACGAGCUUGAUCGUUUUGUUCUUCAAUGUGGGCUUUCUACUCUACACCGCGACACACCCGAAGGAAGACGACAUAGGGCGUUACAGCCUCCAAUAUCAAUUAGAAUAUCAGUUGGGAGAACAUCAUGACAGGAGCAGGGUGUUGUAUGAGGGCGACUGCGAGAAGGUGCACCGUUUAAGCGUCGGGCUCCAUUUACUGGUCAACUUGUUGAGUACUUCUCUAUUGAGCGCCAGUAAUUACGGAAUGCAAUGUUUGGCUGCUCCAACUCGACAAGCCAUAGAUCGAGCACAUCGCAAGGGCUGGUGGCUCGACAUCGGCGUGCCGAGCGUACGGAAUCUGUUUCGGGUAUCUGUAGGGCGCUCGUUAUUGUGGCUAUGCCUGGCAUCCUCCUCGCUCCCCUUCCAUUUGAUGUAUAAAUCCCCGAUCUCAUUUCCACUGUCAGUACAGCUGCUAAUUCAACGUAGGUACAACUCGGCGAUCUACGAAACUACCGCAGUCUCCGCCUACGAUAUCUUCGCCGGUAGCGGAUCUCUUGCACAGAAAGACUGGUCUGAUCUGCAGUUGACGGGUUCCAAGUCUUUGAGCAAGAACAACUCACUCCAUGGCCUGUUUUACGCGGCACGGAAUGAGACGCUGGCCCAACUCCAUGACACCGACUGCCUCAAUGCGUUUGGGAAAACGUACCAGUCUACAUACAGGAAACUCCUCUUGGUGAACGCGGAUACAGCAGAAAACAACACAUACACGCUUGUCGGUACCCAGGAUGUAUUCAACCCCUACGAAGCCUUGUUGGAUUCCAACAAAGGCCCAUACGAAUGGCUAUGUCCAUCAAGCUGGGAUAAUCACUGCGACAGCUCCUACCUACCCAUCGCUCAUACACUAAUCGCCGAUAACAACUGGACGGUAGAGGACCGUAAUGACGGCGGUGUCUUCUACAAAGUAGACUCCUGCUUGGCUGAGGAGGCGCCGCAGUACUGUAAGCUGCAGUACUCCUUGCCUCUCACGAUCAUAGUCAUUGGGUUCAAUAUUGUCAAAACUACCGUCCUGCUCUAUAUAUGGCUUGGGAUCCCCGAUGCUCCUAUUUUGACCAUUGGUGAUGCCGUGGCUUCCUUCCUACAUCGUCCGGACCCGUACACGCAAAGCUGCUGUCUUCUUACCAAUAGCAAGGUUAAAUCCCACGACCAGUUCCUGCCAGAAUGGCGCAGACCAGACGCGUUUAUUAAGAGGCGCAGAAUAUGGGGCUCGGCAGUCUCUGCUCGACGGUGGAUAUUCAGCAUAGUACUCUGGAUUCUUGCCAUCGGCGUAUCCAUUUCCCUACUAGCAUACGGCCUCUCAGAUGUCGGUAAAGGCGUCGAUAUCUGGAAUCAACAGCUCGGCGCCAUUAUUGCCGAUACCUUAAUAAAAGGCGACAACUGGCCCAACACUCUCCUCCCCAAUGUCCUCAUCGCCAACGCCCCACAACUCAUUUUCUCCUUCCUCUACUUCGCCUUCAACGCCUUGUUAACUGCAAUGACCCUCGCUGCCGAAUGGAGCAGCUACGCCACCCAUCACAAAGGCCUCCGUGUCUCGAAUAACCCCCGACUCUCCCAGCGAAGUAACUACUUCCUGUCGAUGCCGUAUCGCUAUGCAACACCCCUCCUGCUGCUUUCAGGCGUCCUCCAUUGGCUGAUCUCCCAAAGCUUGUUUAUGGUCGGGAUUGAGGCAUUUGACUCGAAUAUGGUGCGAAAUCCCUCGCGAGACCUGACUACGUGUGGAUUCUCGCCUGUUGCGAUUUUGAGUUCUGUUGUGGUCGGUGGCUGUAUGUUUCUCUGUCUGGUAGGACUUGGUUUCCGGCGCUUUGAGUCGGCGAUGCCUGUGGCGGGGAGUUGUAGUUUGGCGAUUUCUGCUGCUUGUCAUCCGAAUUUUGAUCCGAAUGGCGGAAGGAAGGAUGGGGAUGUGGAUGUGGAUUCGGAAGAUGAGGAUGAGGAGGAUAUGGCUCUUCUGCCUGUUAAGUGGGGCGCUGUUUCGGUUGGUCCUAUGGGACAUUGUAGCUUCACGUCGAAAGAUGUUGAGGAAGCUAAAAUGGGAUGGAUAUACCAUCCCGAUGCUUCCCCGACCAGGAGUCUUACCGUCUUCGCGAUAUCCACAUCUCUACUAAUCAUGACAGGACUUCGAGUUGCGUGGAUAGGUCUCGGCAACAUCGGCCGUGGCAUGAGCCGAAACAUCGCCCAGAAAGGCCCCCAAACCGGCCCCCUACUUCUCUAUAACCGCACGACCGCACGAGCAACAGCCCACGCCUCGGAACUCACGAACGCUAAAGCCGUAACAACCCUCGCCGAAGCAGUAAAUGAUUCCGACUUGAUCUUUACCUGCGUCGGCGAUGACACCGCCCUCGACUCCAUUGUCACCGCAAUCCUGUCGGAUCCCAGAGUCCCGCAAGACCUGUCUAACAAGACCUUCAUCGACUGCUCAACUGUGCACCCGGAUACAUCCCGACGAACAGAAGCAGCCUUGCACGAGCGGGGAGCAGGUUUCGUCGCGUGUCCCGUCUUCGGGGCACCGAAUAUGGCAGACGCGGGACAACUUAUCGUCGUUCCAGCUGGGAAGCGUGCAUCAAUUGAGAAAGUGCGACGGUUCUUCGACGGUAUCGUGUCCAAGAAGACGAUUGACCUUUCAUCUGGAAGUGGAGCUGAUAUAGAUGUUGGACGGGCGUCCACACUGAAAGUACUGGGUAACACGUUCAUUCUUAAUACUGUUGGUGUUCUUGCUGAGGCACUUGUCGCCGCUGAGGCGUCUGGCCUUGGGGUUGAGCCAUUGCAAGAAUGGCUGGGGCUUUUUGCGCCAGGGCCAUUUGCCAAUUAUGCGCAGAGGAUGUUGGGUGGGGAUUAUUGUACCCGGGAGGAGCCACUUUUUGCAGUUGAUCUUGCUAGGAAGGAUCUGGGACAUGCUUAUAGGAUUGCGAAAGAGGGAGGACUGCGGAUGAAGAAUAUUGAGGUUAUGGAUGGGCUUCUGGAAAAUGUUAAGGAGGUCAAGGGGGUUAAGGGAGAUGUUGCUGCUGUUUAUGGGGCGGUUAGAAAGGGAGCUGGGAUGGAAUUUGGGAAUCAAUGA